AUGUCAUUCGGUGGCUUCUCAUUUGGUGGUGGAGCAGCAGCGGGUGCAGGCUCGAGCCAACCUAACCAACCGACCGGCGGAGGUCUAUUUGGACAAUCAGCACAACAGCCAGCAGGAGCGCAGCCAGCGGCUCCACAACCAGCAACAGGUGGUGGAUUAUUCGGUAGUACCGCACCUAAACCAGAAGCAGGUGGAGGUCUUUUCGGACAACAGUCGUCUGCACCAACUGCGCCAUCGGGUGGACUAUUUGGACAGCCUUCGCAACAACCAUCAAGCCUGUUUAGUAAUACCCAGAAUACCCAAAAUUCCGCUCAGCCUGGCCAACAACAGCAGCAGCAGAGUGGUGGUGGUCUGUUUGGCGCGAGCGGCGCGAAUAGCGCUAACAAUGGCAAUACUGGUGGUGGACUCUUUGGUAGCACGCAGCAGCAACAACAACAGCCAAGUAGUGGUGGACUAUUUGGAGGGACUCAACAACAACAACAGCAACCACAAGCUGGCGGAGGUGGAUUAUUCGGGAGCACUCAGCAACAGCAGCCAUCUGGGGGCGGUUUGUUUGGACAGAAACCUGCUGCACCUUCAGGUGGACUUGGAGGAUUGUUUGGACAAUCACAACCUCAGCAAGCAGGUGGAGGAUUGUUCGGACAGUCGCAACCACCAGCUCAAGGUAGUUUGUUUGGACAAGCACAGCCACAGAGCAGUUUAUUCGGUCAAUCACAGGCUCAGACGCAACCCCAGCAACCCCAACAAUUGCAACAGAGCACACUUUCACAAAGCGUCGGCAGACCACCACAAUCCUCGAAUAAGGAUAUAGCAGCGGUGAUAGAAGAAAUCAAGAAUGCAUGGGACCCGAACCACCCAUCAUGUGCAUUCCAGCUCUAUUUCUACAACCUCGUACCGCCCGAGCAAGUAUCGCAAUAUGGAAGACCAGCAAUAGUGAAGAACGACAAGUCAUGGGCGCGAGCAGUAUCCGAGAACCCCGACCCAACACGCUUAGUACCCGCACCAGCAUUUUCUUUGGACGAUGUACAGAAGCGCGCGAUAGCUCAAGGCAAGCAAGCGACGGCCCACCUUGUGCGUCUUAGUGAACUACAGGAGAAAUUGCGCAAGAUGCUCCUUAACACCUCGCUCGAUCACAGCCCUCGUUUGCAGAGAGCGGCGGUUAUGCAUGCUCAACUCAGCGCACGUAUACUCAAGAUUGUCAAACGGUUGCACCUCCUCCUCCCUAAUCUCCGCGCUAGCGGCAUAAAGCUAGAAGAGGAGAAGCUGGGUACGGAGUACGAGCAUAUCAACAACACAAUCCAGAAGGCGAGGAUUGGUGGUAGAGUCAAUGAGAGCUGGGCACUCGUCGGCGCACUUAAGAGCAGGAAAGAGGAAGGUACUGCAUCUAAAAGCGCAGGUUGGCAGGUUGUGGAUGAUGACGGUAUGAUGGAGCUGUCAGAUAUAUUGCGCAAUCAACAAACAGGACUCAGUCAUCUCACAAACACGCUCCAAAAAAUAGAAACCGAUUUGAAUGUAGUGAGGAGUGGAUUCGGAUUGGAGAGUUUGACCAUUUAG